AUGUACAAUCCAUACGCCAAUUCGGCGUUUGCCACUACGUCGGAGUCAGGUGGAGCAGAGGUUCAUCAAAGAGGCCAUUCACAACAACACAGAACAACGCAACAACAACAUCUAAAACAACAAACACGGCUGUACCAACCUCCACAGAAUCAAUUCUCUCCUCAGCCAGCUCAGCCACAACCCCAAUACGGUUAUAACCCCCAGCAGCAGCAGCAGCAGCAGCAGUACGGUGGAGUGGGUGGACCAGACAAUUCAGGGUUUCAAUUUGGACUGACUGGUUCACAGCAAUCGCCUCCACACCACCAGGUACCUCUCCAACCUCAACCACAAGCACAGUACAACCAAUAUUCCUAUGGAUCACAGGGUCAAAUACCUCAACAACAACAACAAAAUUACAUGAGAAGUCCUCAGAUGGGUGGUACGGCUCCUCUCAAUAAUCCAGGCCAACAAUUUGGGUCCUUCUUCAACGAUCCAACUACCAUGUUGGCCACCCAAUUUGCCAAAACUGGGUUUGAUACAUCCAACCAGUACAUUCAACAAAACAUAUCACUGAUCAUUGGAACCAAUGGGAACAUCAAGUAUUACUUCAAAGUGAGUAAUUCAUAUGUUGUACGUAAACUCUUGAUCAUAUUGUUCCCUUAUUAUAAUAAGACAUGGAGCAGAAAGACCAAUGCCGAGGUUGGAUAUGUUGAGAAUGAUAAUGGAGACCCCAAUCAAGCAGCAGCUCUUGCAGCAUCAAAAGUUAGUCAUUUAGCACCUCCAAGUUAUGAUAUUAAUGCUCCUGAUUUGUAUAUUCCAUUGAUGGCAUUUACCACCUAUAUUUUAUUAUGGGCUGCCUUCCAAGGGUUAAAAGGUGACUUUCAUCCUCAAUUAUUUGGUUAUUUGGCUUCUCAAACUAUGGCCUUCUCCUUGCUUGAUAUAGGAGUGUUUGCUGGAGGUCUGUACUUUUUAAAUUGUUUCACCCAAGGUGCCAUCUGGGAUCUAGUCAGCUUCUCUGGCUACAAAUAUGUUGUGAUCAUUGUCUUAUUGGCUUGGAAGCAUUUACUUGGUACAACAUGGUUUAUUUAUUAUCCAAUCAUGUUUGGAUUGAUUGGAAAUUUGGCCGUGUUCUUGAUGAGGUCUUUACGGGUAAUGAUUUUACCUAAUGCCAAUUCAACAAGUAAUACAAUUACUGCUAAUCAAAGAAGAAUUAGAAUUCAAUUUUUGUUUGUCUAUUCUGUUAUAAUGCAAGGUGCCAUUAUAUUAUUUAUGAGUCGAUAA